CUUUAAUGGCUCGGACCUCCGCCGGCCCCUGCCAGCUCUACUUGCGCGCCGGAGACAGGAGCCACCAGCGCCCGGUAGUAUUAAUAGAAAGCAGCCGCUGCAGCCCAAGUCCGGGAGCCGCGCGAGCAGCAGCAGCAGCCGCCGCCGCCGCCGCCGCCUCCUUCAGCGGCCCGGGGCCCUCGGCGCGGGGGAGGAGGAGGAGAAGGAGGGGGAGCAGCAGGAGCCCGAACUCCGGACGCUGGGGGAGCAGCGGCAGCUCCAGCCCCAGCCCCAGAUCCAGUCCCGAGACGUGGAGAUAUUAUAUAGAUUACUUUAAACAUGGGUGAAAUAGAGCAGAAGCCAACUCCAGGAUCACGGUUAGGAGCUCCUGAGAAUGCUGGGAUCAGUACAUUGGAACAUGGACAGAAAAUGCCCACAGCACCACCAGGAAAACUUAUUUCCAUUAAAAUCCAGAUGCUGGAUGAUACCCAGGAAGCAUUUGAAGUUCCACAAAGAGCUCCAGGGAAGGUGUUGCUGGAUGCAGUUUGUAACCACCUAAACCUAGUUGAAGGAGACUACUUUGGCCUUGAGUUUCCAGAUCAUAAAAAAAUUACGGUAUGGCUGGAUCUUUUAAAACCUAUUGUGAAACAGAUCAGAAGGCCAAAGCAUGUUGUUGUUAAAUUUGUGGUGAAAUUCUUUCCACCUGACCAUGCUCAACUUCAAGAAGAACUUACAAGGUACCUGUUUGCUCUGCAGGUGAAGCAGGACCUGGCUCAGGGCAGGCUAACAUGUAAUGAAACCAGUGCUGCACUCUUGAUCUCACACAUUGUACAAUCUGAGAUUGGGGAUUUUGAUGAAACAGUAGAUCGGGAGCACUUAGCAAAGAACAAGUACAUACCUCAGCAAGAUGCACUAGAAGACAAAAUCGUGGAAUUUCACCAUAACCACAUUGGACAAACACCAGCAGAAUCAGAUUUCCAGCUCCUGGAGAUUGCCCGCCGACUGGAGAUGUAUGGAAUCCGGUUGCACCCAGCGAAGGACAGGGAGGGUACUAAUAUCAACCUGGCUGUUGCCAACACAGGAAUUCUAGUGUUUCAGGGUUUUACUAAGAUCAAUGCCUUCAACUGGGCUAAGGUGAGGAAGCUGAGCUUCAAAAGGAAACGUUUUCUCAUCAAGCUGCGCCCUGAUGCUAAUAGCUCAUACCAGGACACAUUGGAGUUCCUAAUGGCCAGUAGGGAUUUCUGCAAGUCCUUCUGGAAAAUAUGUGUGGAACAUCAUGCCUUUUUCAGACUUUUUGAAGAGCCUAAACCAAAGCCCAAGCCUGUUCUCUUCACAAGAGGGUCAUCAUUUAGGUUCAGUGGUCGGACUCAGAAGCAGGUUCUUGACUAUGUUAAAGAAGGAGGACAUAAGAAAGUUCCAUUUGAAAGGAAGCACAGCAAGAUUCGGUCAAUCAGAAGCCUCUCUGCUCAGCCUUCCGAACAGAACUCAGAGGUGCCGAAGCAAAGCUCAAGUUUUACCUAUGGAGAUGGUAUUGAUUCACCAGGGGGCCAGAGUUGCCACCAAGGGAAAGAACUGAACAUUUCUGCUGAGGAGUCUGGGCAACACAAGAGCCCUUCUCUAAAGAAGAGUCCCAAGGAUGGCCGGCGGGUUGAUGGUGUUGUGAUGGCAACGAUGGAGGAAGAGGAGGAGGUCGUUAAGGAUAGAACUCGGCAGAGUAAUCCUCAGUCGCAGCAGCCAAGCACAGGCUCCCUGACUGGUAGUCCUCAUCUCUCAGAACUGUCAAUCAACUCUCAGGGAGGACCGACUGCAGCAAACAUGACCUUAUCUCCAAACUUGAGCCCUGACACCAAGCAAUCAUCUCCACUAGUCAGCCCACUGCUGAAUGACCAGACCUGUACAAGGACAGAUGAUGAAGAAGAGGUCAGGAGAAAGAGAUUUCCAACUGACAAAGCAUAUUUCAUUGCUAAAGAAGUAUCUACCACUGAAAGGACCUAUCUGAAGGAUCUUGAAGUCAUCACUUCAUGGUUUCAGAGCACAGUGAGCAAGGAUGAAUCGAUGCCUGAAACCCUAAAAAGUCUCAUCUUCUCUAACUUCGAACCUUUGCACAAAUUUCAUACAAGUUUUCUCAAGGAAAUUGAGCACAGACUUGCCCUUUGGGAAGGCCGCUCAAAUGCUCACAUCAAAGGAGAUUACCAAAGAAUUGGUGAUGUCAUGCUGAAGAACAUUCAAGGCAUGAAGCAACUGACAAAUCACUUGUGGAAGCACAACGAGGCUUUGGUAGAGCUGGAGAAUGGGAUCAAGAACUCUCGUAGACUGGAGAGCUUCUGUCGAGACUUUGAGCUGCAGAAAGUCUGUUAUCUGCCUCUCAACACCUUCCUCCUUCGGCCUUUGCACAGGCUUAUGCACUACAAGCAGAUAAUGGAGAGGCUGUGCAAGCAUUACCCACCAAACCACUCGGAUUUCAGGGACUGCAGAGCUGCGCUGGCGGAGAUUACAGAAAUGGUGGCGCAGCUCCAUGGCACCAUGAUAAAGAUGGAGAAUUUCCAGAAGCUACAUGAACUCAAGAAAGAUCUGAUUGGCAUUGACGAUCUUGUCAUCCCAGGACGGGAAUUCAUUCGCCUGGGCAGCCUCAGUAAGCUGUCUGGAAAAGGGCUACAGCAGCGUAUGUUUUUCUUGUUUAAUGAUGUCUUGCUGUACACAAGUAGAGGACUGACUGCCACCAAUCAGUUCAAAGUUCAUGGACAACUCCCACUCUAUGGCAUGACAAUAGAAGAAAGUGAAGAAGAGUGGGGUGUUCCUCAUUGUCUUACACUUUGCGGUCAACAUCAGUCCAUUAUUGUUGCAGCAAGUUCUCGGAUGGAGAUGGAAAAGUGGAUCGAGGACAUACAGAUGGCGAUUGAUCUAGCAGAAAAAAGCAGUGGCCCCACCCCUGAAUUACUAGCAAGUAGUCCACCUGAAAAUAAGUCCCCUGAUGACGCCACAGCAGACCAAGAAUCAGAGGAUGACCUCAGUGCCUCCCGCACCUCUCUUGAGCGGCAGUCUCCCCACCGGGGCAACACUAUGGUUCAUGUCUGCUGGCACCGAAAUACUAGCGUCUCUAUGAUCGACUUCAGCAUUGCUGUGGAGAAUCAGUUAUCUGGGAACCUGUUAAGGAAAUUUAAAAACAGCAAUGGAUGGCAGAAGCUCUGGGUGGUAUUUACCAACUUCUGCCUGUUCUUCUACAAAUCACACCAGGACAAUCAUCCCUUAGCCAGUCUGCCUUUAUUAGGAUAUUCACUCACCAUUCCCUCGGAAUCAGAGAACAUUCACAAAGACUAUGUGUUCAAACUACACUUCAAGUCCCAUGUCUAUUACUUCAGGGCUGAGAGCGAAUAUACAUUUGAAAGGUGGAUGGAGGUGAUCCGGAGCGCCACCACCUCUGCCUCUCGAGCUUGUGUUUUAAGUCACAAAGAAUCUCACGUGUAUUGAUGGCAGAACACCUACAUUUCUCGUUCCAGCGGUUGCUGCUUUUCUAGAGGACGUUUGAAGUUAAUUUCUCCUGUAUUAACGAAGCCUAGUAAAAUUAAAACAAGUGGUUUUGCAGCAACUCUUGUCUGUCCCAGCAAAACUGUUUUUUAAUCUAGUCUUUUCAGCUGUUGACUCCCCAUCCCAGUGGUAACAGAACCCCACCACCUCCUGUCCUGUGUGGCAUUCUGUGGGUCCUUCCCUUGGUGUGCUGUGUUUUGUUUUUGGUUUUUUAGCUUAUGCCAGUAUUAAAAUAUCGUUCUUAGAGUGCCAAAUGACAUUUCCUUUCCUCCAAGAUCGCACCUUAAAAAGCAGUACAAAUGUACCUGCCCCCUCCCAAUGAGAAACGUGAUCCCAUGUGCAAGUGCUAUUUCUUUUUCUUAAAAAAAAAAAAGGGAAAAAAAACUUUUUAUUGUUUUGAUUAGUAGACUGCAUUUUUAAAUGUAAUAAUGGCUUUUUCAAAGUGUAUGAUACAUACACGAUAGAGGCAGUCUUACAGUAAAAGGAGGUCAUUUUCAGAUUUUGUUUUUCAAUCUUUCUACUUUAUUAAUCAAGGAAUUCCUACUAAUUUUUCUAUUGUUAUAAAAGUUUGCAGCACACAAACAAUAUUUCACUUUGGGGUUUCAUGUUAUAAUGAGCUACUCACUCUGACAUUUAUCACACCUUUGUCUUGGUGCAAGUUGACCAAACUGUUUACCUGUUAAUUUUGAGACGUGAUGACUAUUUGCAAAAUGUAGUUUGUUUUUUAAAAGAGAAACAAUGAAACAGAAGUCCAGUGCAAUAUUAUUUGGGCUAUAAAUGUACUGUGAAUGGUGUGUACAAUGGGAAGAUAUUAAGCUGUGGUGUUUCGCUGUUUGUUUCACAAGCAUGAAAAAUACCUGUAUGUCAUUAACCAUGGGCCACUUGUGACAUGUUAAGUUAUGAAGAGUGUUUUUUGUUGGCUUAAGUGGAUGCAGAAACACUAUAAAAGUAAUGGUACUUAUUCCCCUUCCCCAGGCUUUCAUUAUUAAGACCUAUAUCCUACUGAAAAGAAUUCAUUUAAAACGAAACAUUCUAUGGGCAUACAGAUUGUGAUAGUCUCUUCAUAAACAGGACUCUGCUUUUAUCUACCCUUUGCCCUGCGGUCAUGGGUUAUUAACAAUAGUUUGAUAUUUCAUGUGCUGGACUGUUGGUAUCCACAGGGAACUGGAUGCAAAGAUAGGCUGCUUCUGAAACAUCCAUUUAAAUAUUCACACUACAAAAAACAUCUAUGACUGUUCCCUUAUGGGCUUAAGGCCUUUUCUAAUGCAAGUCUAAAAAAACCACAGAAGAGCAAGACAGCAGGUCAAUUAACACACCUCUCUUCCCCCUCCCCCACCAGCCUAAUUGAUGCUGCCUAAUUGAGGAUUCAAAGGAAUGAAUUUUUGCUGGAAUACACAGACUUCACGGAGCUGAGGCUGGCUUUGAUACAAAUGGAAACUGCAAUUUUCAAAUGGACUGGUAGCUUUAGACUUGUUAAUCACUUGCCUUACAACAUGUACCAGACGGUUUAAAGUACUAACAACAAAAGGGAAUAAAAUUACCUCACACCACUACUGAGCGUACUGCAGUUUGAAGGCAAUACAACUUGUCCUUUUGUUCUUCCUCCUCCCUCUGAUCUGGGGUGGUGGGAUUAUCACCCUGCACACUGCAAUUUCCUUGCCAGGGAGGAAAACUCAGUAAGAAGGCAAUACUAGAGUCAAAAGAGGAUGAACUGAUGAGGUUAAAUAUACUAAACUGUAAGCAGUCACAGGGUAAAAGAGUAAUCUCCAAUGUCAAUGCCACCACCAUAAGAAAAUCGGGAGCAAAGGAGGUGAAGAUACCACUUCUCCCUCUCCCCCACUGCUUCUUAUUACUGUGUAUACUUCUCCCUCCAUCAUUAAGCUAUACUGACAGGAAAACCCACAGAGCUAAAAAUGGGACUUGAAAUAUCUUUUGGCCUAACCUCAUUUUUAGAUGGGCACCUUGAGGAUCAGAAAGAUGAAGGGACAUGCUCCAGAUCACAAAGGUGGUGAGUGUUAGAACGAAGGCCUACAAAACUUACUGAGGACAAAAAUGGCUUUUUGCAGUAUGAGGAGUUCAUUACCUCCCAACAAUCAAAGUGUCUGGCUGACUAUGCUCAGCGCAGCUACCCGAGAUACGUGGCAGCUAUCUUCAAGUUUGCUCUUAGGAAGAGUUAAGAUAAAUUGGUGACAUACCAGUUAUGACUUUUUGCCAACAGCUGUCUACUUGUCCACACCAUGAGGGUAGAUAAGCAAGGUGGGAGAGAACAACUUUGUGAAAGAAAGGAGAUCCAGAACGAAAAAAAAAAAUCCGAAACAAGCCCAGUUAUCAUCCCCCUAUCUUGGCUCCUGACCUGUCCAUCAAUCAGGAAUGGUUAACAGUCAUUAACCAUUAGCCCUAGUUUUCCAACAGGUCUGAACCAAGAUAGGAGACUAUCUUCCCUGUGAGGAUCAAUGCCUGGCUGAUGGUGUACUUUAAAGAUGAAAUGCAAUUUUCAGAAUCAUGGCCUCAUGGAUGUUUACAUCUUCCAGAAGAAUUCUAUUCACUGACUUUUCAUGUAAACCUUGACCUAGCAAGUGAGUUUUCGAUUACAGUCCAAAUGACAAGUAUGGGCACAUCUUGACUUGAGGCACAUUAAAAUGUUUACAUUUUAAAAGCCA